AUGUUCUUUAGCUAUUAUUUUCAGAGUUCAAAGAACGCCUUGACCUUCCUCCGAAUGAAAUUUUGCCCAAUUUUAAUGGUCAAGCACUGCAAAGAUAAUGGUCAGGCAGUAAGAAAUUUUUUUCUCGAAAUUAUUAUGGAUAAGACAGCCAUAUUUCUUCCAAAUAUUUGAGUUCAUUGAAAACAUUUUGAUAAUAAGCAUUCUGUUUUAAAGGGAUCUCUUUAUAUAGAAACUUUUAUGAAUUGUUUAAUCUUUAUUUAACUCCUCAUUAGUUACGAAAUUUUGUUGUCAAUGACAUGAUUCUUUUUAAAAACGGAUUAAACCUUUACUUUCUUUUUCGUAACAUUCGAAGGUAGCUUCUAAGUGUCCAAGUUGUGUGCUUAUCGAGUAGUUUUCUGGUGCCUUCAAUCGUUCCAUCGCUUUUCUUAAAACCUAUUGCCCGUAGAUACCCUUCAUAUCUGUCCCUUUCAUUUUAUCAAUGAUAACUUUUUAUCAUAUUUGUGAUAAGUGUACGAGGCUUAAAUUUUUUGACAUUGCUUAAGAGAGUGGGUGGGCGCUUGGAGACUGCAGUUUCUAGAGUUGAUACAAUCAUUAUAAUCAACAAUGAAACACGGAAAAGAGCAUUAAUAUUCACCAAAAAGGUUUACAACCCUCCCUCAUCCCAGUAUUGCUGUUGGUACACCUCUGUACCCUUUGCAUUUCGAAAUAUUAACUUCUUUCUCUUUGUAAUAUCUACCUAUCAUUUCAGGCAUGCGUAGAUCCUAUUAGGUUCUAUUUACUAUAGACUUUGACAAAAUAGCCGUUAAACUGGCUGUUUAGUUGUUGUUAAAACAAAGCAGCACAAUAAUCAAUGUUGCAACCUGCUAUGUCGUGUUGAUUCAUUGAUACUGGUCCAAUGCUUAGGCAGUUGAAUAUCGGAUUUCUUCAAUCAGAAAGCUACGCACCAGUAACUAUGCCUUGAAAUAGCCAUUGAUUGCAGUCAGCAGUUUAGCUUUGUCUAAUACACAAUGUUCUGCUAUUUUUGGUGAAAAAGACUCCAUAUAUCCGCUUGCUUAUCAAUCCUCCAUCAUAUAACUUGCAUGCAGGUGGUGAAGAGCCGAGCUAUUUACUUUUCAUAAUCGAAUAAAGUAACACCAAAAUUUGAUGUUGAGCUCGUGAGUUGACGGAUACAUGAAAUUAUUCAAUGAGACGCAAUGAACACAGAACAGAUUGCUCUGGGACUUUUGCUACAAUUGCUGACCGUAUAUUGUUCCGUUGGAGCGUCUUUGAACUGUACUCCGUCGAUCUGCAAAUUGCGUUUUGAGUUAGCUGAUGAAAUUCAUUUGUUGAGAGGAUAUAGGGGUUGCGAAGAUGUGUACAAUUUCGACUGUAUUUGCAACACAACCGUUGAUGUCCAGUUCAUCGAGCAUCCUCCGUAUAUUUACAUCGAUCCUGCAACUAAGAAUGUCGUUGGCUUGUUGCCUGGCAUUCUCAAGCAAGCACUAUCGGUGUGUUGCAACAAAUGCACAAGUAUCCGGUACUUGAAACCGUACAAAACGACUACUGAAGCUCUUAUUAUGUUUAUGUCUUCAACUGUUCUUUUGCCAUUUGUUACCUACUCAAAUGCGAAGAAGGCUGUUGGCGAUAUAUUCAUUGCAACCAUACCCACAAAAGGCGUCGUUUAUAUAACCAGCGAAGAAAUAAGCAUGAAACAUUUCAACAAAUUUGCAACAUCGAUCUCGUCCAACUGGCCCCUGUUCUGCAUUUCUCUGCUUCUUGCAAUAGAUGCCGGCAUCAUUGUCUGGAUUUUGGACUGUGGAAGAAAUGGAGAUGAAUUUCCUCAAGACUUUUUCCAUGGCUUCUGGGAAGGAUUAUGGUGGGCCUAUGUCAGCAUGACUACUGUAGGGUACGGAGAUAAGACUCCAAAAACAUUAGCAGCGAGGGCCUUUGGAAUCGUUUGGAUAACAGUUGGCAUCUCAUUAUCCGGUAUUUUUACAGCAUCUCUAAUUACUGGUAUGACCCAGUCACUGAACGAUGGCCCAAUUAACAUCGAAGGGAAGACGGUGGGAAUACUUAAUGCAACUAGAUAUGAGCUCACGAUUGCAAUGAGAGAAGGAGCAGAAAUUAAAGGUUUUGCCACGUAUCCAGAGUUGAUUGAGGAAAUGAAAAGUGGAAGGCUAAACGGAAUAUUAAUGGACAUCCUCGUUAUGAAAUAUUACUGGACAGAUUUAAAGAAAGAUAUUCCUGCCUUACACUACAGGCUGAAUGCAUUUGCCAACUCAGAAACAAGUUUUGGUAUAUUAUUUUCUCAAUCAGAAGACAACAAAACAAACCAUGCAUUGGGGAAAUUUCUUGAGAACUUUUUCCUAGAAAAUCGUGACAACAUUGACGUCAUUAUUAAAAUGGCUGAAAAGGACGUUACUAGGCCCUUGGCAAAAGGGCUUGAGGCUGGGAUUUAUGACACUACAAAAUCGAUAUUCAACGCACCUGACAUAUAUAAGCUGUUGUUCAAAUACAUUGGUAUAACAACCCUGAUCCUGUUCGUUGUUGGAUUCACUUUUGAAAAAAUCAAAAAUUAUCUGAAAGUGUACUUGAAUAAGCGAGGUGAAAGGAAAUGCAGUCAACUAGGAUCUGUAUCAGACAAGUCUUUGUACACAGGAGAGACUAAAACAGCAAUAGAUCACACAACCGUGUUACUGAGAGCAAGGUUUGUGCGAGAAAUGAAGGAGCUUGAGAAAACAGGUCACACUGAUGCAAAGAUAGUGAAAGACAGAGUGCUUUCAAGGGUUUUUCACUUUAAAGAUAUCAAUGGUUGUUAUGAAAACGAGGUCAAGACCGACGAUAUGCAAAUGAAUAGCGAGGUUUAGAUAGCUGUCAUAGAGUAGCUUCGCAUGUUAUCAGUUAAAGGUAAACUGGGUGCUGCUUUGAGAAUUACCAAGCCUUCUUCUCCAGUUCAUCGUGUCAACAGGACAGCAAUGAUGUGUUGCCUCAAUAGAUGAUCAAAGCGCUACCAAUGGCAAAAAAGAAGGCAUUACCAGUUGCAUUGUCCUGCCCAGUCUUGCAAUAUAGCAAAGAUCAUGCGGCCCAGGGGCGGAUCUAGAAAUUAUUCUGACUGUCGCACACAAGGGUGUGGUCGGAAAUAUCAUUCUUGACCACACCCAUAGUUUUUAAGGAUAUUCGCCCCCUUCUCAUUUGAGCAAUCGACACGCACAUUAAAUUGGCUUUAUUUAGAACGUUGUCAAACUGUUGUUUAUUCCUUAUCUGAGUUUUCAAUUGAUACUACAGAAUCAUUUGUGUUGUUUUUUAGCCAAGCGUAAAGCAAGAAACAACUUGAAAUUCUUAAACGUAUUGACACGGUUUUCCUUUCAUAAUCAGGCAAACAUUCGAGUCGUCUUUCUCGAUUUGUUUAUGGUAUACGAUGACAAACCAGGCCACGCAAAAAAUGAAAAAUAUCAUUACAAUGAAUUUUCAUAACUAA